UGUUCGUUCUUGCCAACAAUUUUGUUUUAUAUCUUUUCAAUUUUUGGGCUCUUUCUGUCAAAGAAACUAGGCCUCACAAUGAAACAAAUUGUGGCAAAUCAGAAAGUGAAGGUCCCUGAAGGACUCACAGUACAUGUGAAAUCGCGUUUGGUGACUGUGAAAGGUCCUCGAGGAGUUUUGAAGAGAAACUUCAAACAUUUAGCUGUGGACAUUCGCAUGGUGAACUCUCGUACACUUAAGGUAGAGAAAUGGUUUGGCUCAAAAAAAGAGCUUGCUGCCGUCAGAACGGUCUGCUCCCAUGUUGAAAAUAUGAUCAAAGGUGUGACAAAGGGAUUCCAAUACAAAAUGCGUGCUGUAUAUGCUCACUUCCCCAUCAACUGUGUUACCACCGAAGGCAACAGUGUUAUUGAAAUCCGUAACUUCCUUGGUGAGAAAUUCAUCAGGAGAGUUAAAAUGGCACCUGGUGUGACUGUAGUGAACUCACCGAAGCAGAAGGAUGAGUUGAUCAUUGAAGGAAACUCCUUGGAGGAUGUCUCUAGCUCUGCAGCACUGAUUCAACAGUCCACAACAGUCAAAAAUAAGGAUAUCAGAAAAUUCUUAGAUGGUUUAUAUGUAUCUGAGAAGACAACUGUUGUACUGGAUGAGAUAUAAGAGCAUUAAAUAACAAAGCCUGAA